GGUAUUUCAUUCUUGAAGUUGAUUUCAUACUCGAACGAUCAGACAAAAGUCGAAGAACAGCCAUGUUGGGUAGUGUCGGUGAAAACGGUGUAUAUUCUUAGAGAUAUAUUUUCGAUUAUUUGUGCUUGUGUUGUGCUAUUUGUUAAGUGUUUGACAUAGUUUGGAUUAUGACUGCUUUAACCGAAAAUUUAAACUGGGGCACUGAGCUCUGGGAUCAGUAUGACAAUCUGUCCCUUCAUACAUUAAAAGGAAUAGACUUUUUGGAAAAAUAUGGUCAAUUCGUAAGGGACCGUGCUACAAUAGAAUGCGAGUAUGCUUCAAAAUUAAGGAGACUAGUCAAAAGUUAUCAACCUAAGAAAAAAGAUGAAGAAGAUUACCAAUUUACUUCUUGCCAGGCUUUCAAAAUGUUAAUGAACGAAGUUAACGAUUUAGCUGGUCAACACGAAUUAGUCGCCGAAGAUCUACAAGCGAAUGUUAUAAAGGAACUUACGGCAUUAGUUAAGGAUCUUAAAGAAGAACGGAAAAAACAACUACAGGAAGGUUUACGACUAUCACAAUCUCUACAAGCUCAAAUCGAGGCAUUACAAAGAGCGAAAAAAGCGUACGAUAAAGCGUACAAAGAAUCGGAAAAGGCGAUAGAAAGUUUUCAAAAAGCGGACGCGGAUUUUAAUUUGUCGAGAGCCGAAGUGGAAAAACAAAGGUCGAAUAUGUCACAUAAGACGCAAGCUUGUGAUUUAGCGAAAAAUGAAUACGCACAACAGUUGCAAAGAACUAACGAGCUACAGCGACAACAUUUUAGAUCCGGAUUACCGGAAGUAUUUAGGCAACUUCAAGAACUGGAUGAAAAGAGAAUAAAAAAUAUAAAAAAUUUCAUUCGCGCUUCAGUCGAUAUCGAACGUAACGUUUUUCCUAUCAUAAAUAAAUGUUUAGACGGAAUCCUCAAAGCUGCGGACAUAAUUAACGAAAAAGAGGAUACUUUAUUAGUUAUAGAAAAAUACAAAUCUGGUUUUCAACCGCCCGAAGAUUUUCCAUUCGAAGAUUUAUCGAAAGCAGGAAGCGAUUCGGGAAGUGCUAGUAAUAUUAGUAGUAUACCAACAAGCGGUAAAGUUAAAGAAGGAAGUUAUACUGUCAAAGGAACGAUAACGAAUAAGGCGAUGAAGAAACGAGGAGGACUCUUCCAUAUAUUCGGAAGCAGAGGGCUUUCGGAAGUCUGUAUGGCGAUAAAGAAUGCUGCAAUUUCUGACGGAAAGGAGGACUUGAGCGAAUUGCCACCGAACCAGAGGCGGAAAAAAUUGAUGCUCAAAGUUGAAGAACUCAAAAAUAAAGUUGCUCAAGAGACAGCGGCUAGAGACGGACUCAUGAAAAUGAAGGGUGUAUACGAGGCUAAUCCGGCGUUAGGUGAUCCUCGGACAAUAGAAAGUCAAUUGAAUGAAUGUAGCCACAGAUUAGAUAAACUUCAACAAGAUUUAGCCAGGUACCAAACUUAUUUAGAAGAUGCCAUUAAAGGAAUCCAAUCGGGAGCUAACCAUUCUUCCCUUACGAAUUCCCCUAGGUUAGUAAAUGGUACGAGAAGAAGAAAUUCUGGUGGAAGUGCAGCCGAGGAAGAAUCUUUAAGUAGAUCGGCCAGUGAUAGUAGCGUGAAUCAUAAUAACCAUAAUAAUCAUAAUCAUAGUAAACCGUCAGCUCCUGGUACCCCUCAAAUGAAUAAUCAUGGUUGUUCAAAUAGUCCCGAAAGUGGCCUUGGUACUUCACAUACAUCCCUUCCUGGUGCUGAUUCAGACCCCGAUCAAUACGACGGACAUGGAGUCGAAAGUGAAUAUUAUGAAGCGGAUAUGCUGCCAUCUAUUGGAACAUGUAAAGCAUUGUAUCCAUUCGAAGCUACAAGCGAGGGUAGCAUCCCAAUGGCGCAAGAUGAAGAACUCCACCUUAUCGAGUUGGAUCAGGGUGAUGGAUGGACGCGCGUGCGCCGUAUGUUAGGUGAUAUGGAAGGUUUUGUGCCAACUUCCUAUAUAGAAUAUUCGUUGUUUAAUACUUAAGUAAAAAAAAAGGAAAUAAAAGAACUAAAAAAUUUUGAUGGUGGUAACUUAAGGAUAUGAAGAGCAUCAAUUUUUUAAGAUUGAUUAUAUUUUUGUAAAUUAUUUAUGCAAUAUUUAAAAAAAAAUAAAAUUGAUAGACGUUGGUAGACGGUUGAAGGUUCAUAGAGGCUUUUUUCAAAUUUAUAUUUUUUAUAAUUUUUUUCAUGUCACUAUUACUUACACAUUUCAUCUGAUUCACAAUUUCUGGUAUAAAUUUACAAAAAAUAGUAUUUUUAAAGAUAUUAUUUUUGACCUAUAAUCAUUAUAUUUAUAAGAAGUUAUGACAGUCUUGUUUAGAUAAAAGUAUUCUCAAACUAUACUACACUAUUUUUUAAGAUUUCAAUUCGUUCAGAUACCUAAUUGAUUGUUAUUUCUAACAAGAAAGAUUUUAAGAGUAUAAACCAUACACUUACUCCCCAAUUAUUCAGUGUCGUAGGCUUAAAAUAAUUUUGAGUUGUGUUUUUAAAUUUAGUAUGUAAGACAAAUAAAAACAAGAAUUUUUAAACCCUUUCUUCUUUUCAAUUAAGUUGGUUUUUGGAUAAUAUUCUUUUGCCAAAACUAUCCUGAUAUAGAAAUUAUGACAGUCUUGUUAUAAAACAAAUAUUACCAUCUAUACCAUUGCUAUCUCAUCCUAUAUAUUACAAUUGUUGCUCCAAAAUGUUUUCUUCUCCAUUAAGAUGGUGUAAAAGUCUUGUUGUGAUACAUUAUGGGGACUUAUGAUAUUACCAAAAUUAAAGCUCCUCUCUGAUUAAGUCUAGAAUAUAUCCAGUUAAUCUUUUCAGAUUUUGAUAUUGUUCCCUAAAUUAGUCGUUGUUUUUCUUUUUGUUUGAUUGAGAUGGUUUUUCGCCAAAAUUCGUUUGUCAAAAUUACCCUAGUAUGAAGAUUAUGACCAUCUUGUUAUGUCACAAGUAUUAUCCAGUAUUAAAAGCGUAGUGUGGAGUAAUAUAUACUUGGGAGAAGUCGCAUCAACGAGGAUUCUUUUAAAAGUUACGACAGUCUUGUUGCACUACAAGUAUUAUUCACUAUUCCAUCACUAUCUUACAAUAUAAGGUACUUAUUACUAAAGCUUUCCUCUCUGAUGAAGCUUGUAGUAUAUUGAUAUCUUAAAACCUACUCAUUAGGGUAGUUUACUUUCGUAAAAAAGAUUCUCACCAAGAUUGAGCUCUUAACACCAAUUUUUGCAAUGGUAAAAUUUUAUAUUAAAAUUGUAAGUACUUAAAAUUGAUAUUAAGAACUCAAACUUGGUGAGAAUUUUUUUUCUAUAUGUAUAUUUUACUUGAGCACCGAAAAAAACAUUGUUUUCGGAUCAAUUACUAAUGUUUCUUCAGUCAGCUCAGAUUUUUUAGCGUUGAACUGUGAUAUUUUGAGUUGUGUCUUUAUUGAUCAAAAUCGAUUACAUCUACUCAUAGAAAUGCUAUUAUUUUAUAAAUUUAAAUAUUAACAUAUUUACAUAAUUAACUUUUCCGUAAAAUAUACUCUUAAUUAAUAUUUUUUUUUUUUUCGCAAGAUUUUGAGAAAGUCUCUACAAACCUCGACGACCUGACGCAAUAUUCUCUUCUGUUUGUAUGUACAUUUAUAAUAUUUUUAUAAAUUAGCUAAUAAAUGAAAAAAUAUAUAUAUUUACUUUUUUUAAAUUUUCUUUUCUAAGUGUUUACGUUAUUCUUUGUUUUAUUGAACAAUAUAAAAACUCGAGAUCAAAGUAUUUCUUAGUCAUAUAUUUAUAAUGUGUUGCUUAUAUGCCAAGUAAAGUAUCUAAAUCAAAGGGGAGAGUGCAAAAUACUACUGUAUAAUCAAUUUUUAAUCGAUUCUGUAUAAAGAAAAUUUAAAUUUUAUCAUACGCUGCUUUUCACAUUCCUUCUUAACUAAAUCAUUUUUAUUUCAAUGUUUUAAUGCAUUUCGCAACCAAUGAUUAACAUUUUAGUAUUUUGGAAUCUCCCUCUAACUAUUAUUAUUAUUAUUAUUAUUGAGAAUAUGUGGCUUAGCGCAAUUAUUUAGUUCCUAUGAAAGGAACUUAGCUGUUGUUUAGUGAAUAUGGGAUUGAUAUUAAUUUUAUAACCUUAAAACAAUUAAAAUUUACGCUUAACUAAUCUAUCAUCCUGUUUAAUUAGUUUCCACCUGGUAUUACAGCUCGAUGUAAGCUUUGAUUUCCCGCACACUUUGUCUCUAGCUUUUCUUAUUACUUUGAGAAUAAAGUAUUUGACAAGUGGUUUAAAUGAUUUAUAUCAUGCAAAAUUAUUAUAUAUUUAAAAUCAAUUUUUAAAGUUUUUGGUUUAAACUUACCGCUAAAAAACGCUCAUUAUCAAUAUUAUGAUGCAAUGACGUCAGUACAUAGUAAACUUGUGAUUAGUGAACGGCACUCUUUACUCUUUAUUUAUUUUUGUACCAUAAAAUAUGUUAUCAGUGGUAUGGGUAGUGCCCCAGUGUACUGAUACUUUCUUAAAAACAGCACUAAAAGAACGAAAAAAGUGGUUACAUCUUGCUUGAACAAAUCCAGGUGACUUAUGUGCUAUAACUCCAAUUGAUAUUUGUGUGAUGUAAGUAUUAAUUGUUAUAUUUAUUUUUCUAACCUUAAAAUAAAUUGAAAUAAUGAACUUAACCUAAGUAAGCGAAAUAUCAUAACUUUAACGUUAAUAAAUAAAAGAACAAUCCAUCAAGUAAAUAAUUAUAUACUCACAUUGAAAUUUUAAAAGCACAGAAAUAAUCGGUUACAAAGAAGCCUGCCACCAUAAUCGCAUCUAGUAUUGACAAGUUGGAUAAACUUACAUAUAACCUCAAAAAAAAAAUAAAAUUAUUAAUUCACUGAUAGCAGAAACAAAGUAAAUCAAAAGGAAUCAAGAGUUUACUAUUUAGUGACGUUACUAGCAGUUUACUGGUUCGGACAAAAUGUUUAAAUUAAUGAAUUUCUUUCAUUAUUAUUAUAUUUUUUAACAAAUAUUAAAGAAAAAAACUUUUGAGAAUUCUAGCAAUAAAUAAAAAUCUGAAUACUUUUAUUUUUUACCUCUGGCAAAUACCGUAUUCUCUUUAGCUUUUGGGAAUUGAGCCCGCAGAUAAUGCUGGAUUUUCCGAAAAUGUGAAUUAUUUUGUAAUCAUAUCCUCUCAUCAUCAUCAUCAUCAUCAUCAUAAAAUAUCUUUAUUACUUUUUUUUUGAAAUCCGUGAAGUAUUUUUUAUCUGCCGUAGUUUUAAAUCCAUGUCUCAUUACCGUAGGUCACAACCGAUCGAAUGAUCUACGAUUUAUUCAGUUUAAUGUAUUAAUGUAGUUCUGGUAUCUAUAAAUAUUCCAUGUACUUAUCUGUAAUUUACUAUACCGUAGGAAUAUAGAUAAGAUUUCUACCCGUUUGGUUUCAACUUUUGCUUCCUCAAAUUGCCCGUCUCCAAUUCAACCCUAUUUUUUUCAAGUUGUUUGCCAUUUCCGUAUUCCAUUGUCUUCUGGGUCUUCUUUUUAAUUCAUUUUCGUUUCUCAUAUCACCUUAACUGAUCUGUCUUCAAUCUUACGGUGCCCAAACCAUCUCAAGUUUUGUUUAAUUUCUUGCACCACACUCAAUAAGUUUAAUUUACAUCUAAUUGUGUCAUACCUUAUUUAAUCUAGUCUUUUAACCCUUGCUAUUUUUCUCAGAAUCUUCAUUUCAUACGUUAUUAUUUCCUGCUUCAAUAUGUUGGUUAACAAAUUUGCAACCAUUGAUCAGUAUUUAUAGUAGUACAAACUAGUAGAUUUUCAUUUUGUAUUCGUAAAUUCUUCCAACUGGACUUAAAAUUCUUUUCAGAUACUUAAGCUUGUUAAACUCUUCUUUUCAUGUUAUUGUACUAUCACAAUUAUUUCUUCUGGUAUGUUUGAUAGUUCCAUUAUUUCAUUCAGUAAUAUUACAUUUCUUUACUUCACUUUUGGAUCUUAUUUUUGUUUAUUUUGGCUUCCCAAACCACCUUAACUAUUCUGUCCUAUUCCUUUCUUACCAUGUAUCGAAUCCAUCGAGAUUGUUGUUUUAUUUUUCUUCUUCCUCAAUUGUUCCAUCUGGUCUUACUUUUGUCCCAUGAUACUCUAGUUAACGCUCUUCUUUUUGUACUUUUACAGUUUCUUCUGGUACGUUUGAUAUUUUCAUUAUUUCUGUCUUUUGUAUGUUCAUCCUCAGUUUGUAUUGUUCCAAUUCUCACUUUAUUUCUGGAUCUUUUUUUUGGUUAUUUUGGUUUCCCAUAUCAACUUAAAUGUUCUGUCCUCUUCCAUUCGUACUUAAAUCACCUCAGCUGUUGCUCUAUUUUUCUUUUUCGAAAAUUCUUCUAUUAGGUCUUACAAUUAUUUUUAACUUGUUAAAGCUCUUCUUUUCAUGUUAUUGUACUUUCACGGUUAUUUCUUCUGGUAUGUUUGAUAUUUUCAUUAUUUCUGUCUUUUGUAUGUUCAUCCUCAGUUAGUAUUGUUCCAAUUCUUACUUCACUUCUGGAUCUUUUUUUUUGGUUAUUUUGGUUUCCCAUAUCAACUUAAAUGUUCUGUCCUUUUUCAUUCUUACUUAAAUCACCUCAGCUGUUGCUCUAUUUUUCUUUUUCGAAAAUUCUUCUAUUAGGUCUUAUAAUUAUUUUUAACUUGUUAAAGCUCUUCUUUUCAUGUUAUUGUACUUUCACGGUUAUUUCUUCUGGUAUAUUUGAUAUUUUCAUUAUUUCUGUCUUUUGCAGUCCAUAUUGUUUAAUUCCUUUGCUCCACUUCUCUUUUGCAGCAUUACGAUUUCCAAUUGUUUUUGUCUGGUACAUUUUUUAGUUUUUAUUCAGCUUCCUAUAGACACUGUUGUUAUCUAAAAAAAUCGAAUGACAUUCACUUUUGUUUAAUAUCAAAGUUGUGCUAUUGAAUGCAUAAUAAUUGGUCUGUAAGCUUUGAUUGGAAAGAAAAACGUUUUUUCGUCCUAUUCAUUAAUUAAAUUCGCCCUUUUCAUUAAUCAUCGAUACUUGUUUAGUCGAAUAAGUCGUACUAUUAAGUUGAAAUUUCUGGAACCGUUGGUAAUAAUCUUACUGAACACACUGUUUACAUACACCACCACUACACCAACACUCACAAUUACACGGUAAGGUAAGUUUACCUUCAGUCUCUGAAGACGAUAAGUUGGUUAUCGAAACGCGCGUCAGACAGUGUAAUUAUGAGUAUUGGUGUAGUGGUGGUGUAAACAGUGUGUUCAUUAAGUCGUAAUAUUGUAUUAAGGUUUUAAAAUUCAAUACUACCCCCUAAAUUAUAUAGCGAUUACUUUGUACAUAGUAUGCAGAUAUUAAUUAUUGAGAUGUAUUGUAAAAUAUAUAUAUUGUAUGUAUAAUAACUGUAAUUUGCUAAAAAAAAUCAAACUUUUAAAUAAUCUCUAUAAUUUUUUCAACGAUAUUUGUUUUUUGCAUCUAUAGAUUUUACAAUGGAGAGAAUCGGAUAUAAUUAUAAGGAAAAGUUGAUUAGCAAGAACACUUUUAUAUAUUUCCUCAUCAAUUUUGAUAACUUGUUAUAUUUAUUAUUAGCUUUCAACUAUAAAGCAAUGGUGCUGAUAUUUCUCUUUUUGAUAUCCUUUCAUUUUCAUAUUUUUUCGUUCCCAGAUGUGUCAUUACUCACUAUUUCUUAAACCACCACGGUUAUAAGUAAUCCUAUAUUAAAACAAUGCUCAAAAUUAUUAAAAAAAGAACAUUUUGAACAGAAAUACAAAUUAAAAACAUAAAACACAAAAAUUACAUUAAGAUUUGAAAAUAGUAUAUGGUCACUACAGCUGUUAUUGACGCUCAAUUUUAAGUCACUUUUAUCAGCAUAAACUGUUCACUUCACGUCGACCUACAGGAAAUAAUCAAAAUGUGUCAAUUCAUGCGACCUUGGAGGCCAAUUGAGUGGUACUUGAAAUCAACUUAUUGCCAGCCAAAUUUUGAUUUGGAUGUCAUUGUUAAUGGUGCCAUAACCAUUUUUAUGUAACUUAUUUUUUAGAGAAAUCUAAUAAUGCUUUCAGCGUGAAAACACCACCAAACGGUGCAUUUUUCUGUCCGUAAUGGAAUUAUUUCACUCAGUAUGCGGCAAUUUUGUCUAUUAACGAAUCCACAAAGUCUAAAACAUAAUUUGGAAAAAAAUAAAAUCGAUACAUAUAAUGGUCUCGUGGUUUCAAUUUUUCCAACCAACACCAAAUUAUUAAAUUUGUAUCUCGUUCCAUACGUUUUAGUAGAUCGAUUUGGUCGCUUCGUAUCUUUACCUAAAAAGAUAUUUUAUAUAUGAUCCUGCAUCUCAUUUUUCUACUUUCCAAUGAGGCUAUUUUUCUGGGUUUUUGGUCCCAAAUAUUAGCACUACUCUUUCGAGCCUUUUGCUGUAAUUGGCAGUUUUAAUUAUAUGAUUUUCUCACAGAAUCUGCAUCUAUCUUUGCUAUGCCUUGUCAGAAGACCCACCUCAAGUUGAACAAUCAGCUGAAAUUGAGAAAAAAUUUGUUGAGUUCCACAUUUUUUUUAGUAAUUCUUCUAAAUUUUAAGAAAGGUUAAGGAAGUUUCAAGCAAAUUCGAAUUAUUUUUGUGCUGAAUCUCUCUAUUUCCAAAAUAUCAAUAUUAUAAUUAAUAGAUCAAAAAUCUGACUAGAGGUUCCCAAUUUUUUUUCCUCGUUGGCCACUGGUUUUGAUGUUUAUAUAUUUCUACCUAUAAAUUAUAAAAAAACGUGAGGAUCAGAUCUAACAAUGCUUCUUGUCUCUUAUCAAACCUCUGGGUGUUCACUUGAACCACUUUGGGAAUUACUACCAUAGACUUAUGAUGUUUCGAAUAAAGUUAUAUUGAAAUUCAUCGAAGAUGCUACUGUUCAAUUAAAAAAAAAGUUGAUUUAACCUGAAGUCGUAUACAACUAUAAGAAAAAAAUAUAUUAAUACUUUUCAUUCUAAAUAUCCAAUUGACCAUUAUGGUAUACUAUGUAGAUACACACCUUAUUUGUAGUUAGUUAGAGAAAGUUAAAGACGCACAGUUUAUUGAUACUAAAUCAUUUGUUAUUCCAUGAGAACUGUACUGGAAAAUUCUUUCAUGGUGUAAAGAAGCUACAGAUCCACGAACUGCGAUUGUUUUAAAUUGUGUCGCCGGGUUGCAUAACAAACAUUUUUCAGGAGAACUGAUUUUUUUGUCGCGCCUAGGGGAAUUGAGAUACGAUCUAAAUCUCUCGUUGUUGAUCUGUCCCUAGGUUAGUAGAUUUUAGAAAGGAUUUGGCUGGUUUGGCAACAAACUAAAGCUCCAAAUAACGACAAAAUCAUCCACUAUAUUUCUAUGUAACUGAACGAAACGUUAUACUCGAGGGGCUAAAUCGUCUUCCUCAGGUUUCCUUGUUACCAGCCAAAUCAAUUAAAAUGUCGUCUUUAUCCCAAUCUGGCCCAUAAUGUUUUGUCAGUAAGUUUCUCACAUUACGAAGUUUUAGGAGCGUAACUACGGCAUCAAUAAUAUUCUUUUUAGUUUCAGUUUUAUUUAAUUUUAAGCCGUCUUACUGUGCGGUGUAUAACUGUUUGUUUGGGGGUCAUGCCAUAUGCUUAUUACUCCAUGUCUGUUGCUUUUCUAUUUCUCCCCAUUUUAUUCCCUUUAUCUCAGCAGCUUAUUUACAUACAUUGAUAGCCUGCUUCCAUUCGGUAUAGUCUCUUCAGGCUUAAAAACUAUUCCAAUUCUAACGCUUUGAAAAUUUUUGUCAAAACCACAUCUAGAGAAAUGAAUAAAAGUCCAGGAAUGGGAAAAAUUUCCCUUAUCUUCUUCAGGUUCAUAGGCGCAUGGCGUGCCAACCAAUAUUAAAGCAUAAACAUCAUCCGUUUGGGGUAAUCAUGCUCUCCCCAAGUGUAAAUAGUUUGGUAUGGUAUUUUUGAUAAUGCAAAGUUCUUUCGGCAGUCGAAACUUCCAGAUAAGUAGGUCGUCUCUCUUCUCCUUUACAUAUGCCACAAGUUUUUCAUUCGUGCUGAAGUAAUGUCUCACAGAAAUCUUAACUGCGACAGUAAUGAGAUUAAAUAAUACACUUGAACGAUUUUAUGAAAGCAAUCACAGGAAUACCAGGAACCUUCUUAGAGGGUGUUUGAAUAAAGUACUUCACACUCAUGGUUUUUGGUUUACGCUGGCUGUUACGACGUUUGAGAGGAAGUUUUUGUUGAAUUUGUUUAUCAGGUUGGUCAUAAAACGCUAGUGAAACUUGUUUAUAUCACUCACCUUCUGAGAGCUGUAAUGGUCAGCUGUAGAUGAAUUCCCUCAUUGGGGUUUCUUCAGGUUUCCAGUAGAGCAGUGUCUGUAAAAAGAAACGUAAAAACCAUUAAGAAAUCAUGAAGACGAUCUUUCAACACUACAUUAGGAAAUGAGAGUAAAACUCCGAUGGUGAUGAAAAAAUCAAUACAUUAAAACUUUCUCCUGGUUCUUUUUUCAUGCAAAUGGAUCCUGCCUUCAUUAUCACACAACUUUCAGGCGGCAAGCAAAGAUGUAAACUAAACCAGUGAUUUCCAAUAUGGUCCAGGUGCACCCCCAGGGGUCCACAGGAAGUUCUACAACAAGAGUGUGCUCGAAUUUCCAUAGUUAGAGUUGGUAAUAUGGUAUAAACCUAUCAACUGAAACUAGUAGUUAGUAUUUUGAAAGUGGUUUAUGAGAAAACUUCUGAACUAAGCUAUCGUCAAUAUGUGUUAUGGUAAGCAGGAACCCUCAAAACGCUCGGUUUUGACUGGUUUUGUUAUGGUUUAUCGUUGCCAAUGGGUGGGAAUGUUAGUAAAGGACAAUAAACAAUUUUCCGAUAAUUAAGGAGUUGGUCGACUUUGCCUCCAGACGACACAAUUCUUAAUAUAGUACCCUAUAUUCUAAGCAAAAAUCAUAUAGAAUUCUUAAUGGAGCUUAAAUGAAAAUUAUGUUCUGUUUUUUCUCAAUAAUUUUUUUGGUUAUUUCCAGUACCAUCAAUUUUUAGUUAUGUAGAAUAGGUAAUGAAAGAAAAUUCAAAAAUAAUUUGUUAAGUUAAUUUAUAUAAAUUUAUUUGGAACAAUUUAGUACCCAUUAUAUAUAAAAUGUUUUGCAGAUGUUUUAAGUAAAAUAUAACAACCCUUGGAUGGAUUUUGACUUAUUUAUUUACUUCGAAAUAAAUUUUAUUUGGAUCAUAUUUAAUUUUGGUGGCCGUUGGUGUAUCGUAUUUCAUUUCUCACAUAUCAUUAAUUUCAUAUCACCAUUUUAAACAUAUUUUCCUAAAUUAUCAUGGCAUCUUUAAAAUAUUUAUGUCCAUUAAAUACUAUGUGAAACGUGAUUUUAUGGAAAGGUCGAUUUUUCUAUGCUAAUACUAAUAAUAUCAAAUCUGUGAGUGUAUAUGACUGAUCUUGUAAAAUAAACUAGCAUUGAAUGUA